AAUCCAUCCAUCCUGUUAAUUGCCUGGGAACAGCGUGAAGACAGAAAACUUAGAGUCAGCCUUGCGUGGUUUGUUUUUCCCCCUUUGGAUUUCCAAGUCAAAAUAAUUACAGGAAAGCCUGGAGUUACUACUGAUUGUAAGGCAGGGAACUUUUUUUUUUUUUUUUAACUUUCCUAUGAUUUUUAAAACUUCAGCAGUGUGAACUUUGCUUUGCAUACUUGAGAAUUUCACAAUGUCAGCUUUCAAAUUUGAAAUGAAUAAUCUUUCUCCUGAAGGCAUCAGCUGUGAACAUGCUUCAAACUCAGAUUUUACUUUAACCUGUUUCACUGAACUUUCUGGUGAUUCCAGUCAAUUGGAACUUCAGCACUGCAGUUCUGUCCCCACUGGUAUGAAUAUAAGCAAGAGUGAAAUAACAAAAGAAACUUCACUGAAGCCUUCUCGGAGAUCCCUGCCUUGCCUCACCCAGAGCUGCACUUACUCAAAGAGCCUGAGUCAGUCUACCUCACUCUUCCAGUCAAUGGAGAGUGACUCUCAGGCUCCCACUUCCAUGACCCUAAUCUCAGCUGAUAAAACAGAGCAAGUUAACGUUGAGGAGAAUAAAAAGGACUCCAUGCUCAAAUGUUCCUUUGCAGACAUCAGUGAUUUUUGCUUAGCCCUAGGAAAGGAUAAAAAUUACAAGGAUGAAUCAGAGCACACCACUUAUGACCGAUCUCGUCUCAUUAAUGACUUUGUUAUCAAAGACAAAUCUGAAUUCAAGACAAAAUUUUCUAAGAAUGACAUGAAUUACAUAGCAUCCAGUGGACCUGUAUUCAAAGAUGGCAAAAAGAGAAUUGAUUACAUCCUGGUUUACAGAAAGACCAAUAUACAAUAUGACAGAAGAAACACAUUUGAAAAGAACCUCAGAGCAGAAGGUUUGAUGCUGGAGAAGGAGCCAGCUAUCGCAAGUCCUGAUAUCAUGUUCAUUAAAAUUCACAUUCCCUGGGACACACUGUGCAAGUAUGCAGAGAGGCUGAAUAUCAGGAUGCCCUUCAGGAAAAAAUCUUAUUACACUGACCGGAGGAGCAAAUCAAUGGGCAGGGUGCAAAGUUACUUUAGAAGAAUUAAAACCUGGAUCGCUCAAAACCCAAUGGUUCUCGACAAGUCAGCUUUUCCUGACCUAGGGGAGUCGGACUGCUAUACUGGUCCCUUCAGCCGUGCCCGGAUCCACCACUUUAUAAUAAACAAUAAGGACACCUUCUUCAGCAACGCUACUCGAAGCAGGAUAGUGUAUCACAUGCUGGAGCGCACCAAAUAUGAAAAUGGAAUAUCAAAAGUGGGUAUCCGUAAACUUAUCAACAAUGGCUCAUAUAUAGCAGCGUUUCCUCCACAUGAGGGAGCCUACAAGAGUAACCAGCCCAUCAAAACUCACGGACCUCAGAAUAACAGACAUCUGUUAUAUGAGCGCUGGGCACGCUGGGGCAUGUGGUACAAGCAUCAGCCUCUGGAUCUAAUCAGGCUUUACUUUGGCGAGAAGAUUGGGCUGUACUUCGCUUGGCUGGGAUGGUAUACUGGAAUGCUGAUUCCUGCAGCAGCUGUUGGCUUGUGUGUUUUCUUCUAUGGAUUAUUGACAAUGAAUAAAAGUCAAGUCAGCCAGGAAAUUUGUAAAGCGACUGAAGUAUUCAUGUGCCCUCUCUGUGACAAGAACUGCUCACUGCAGAGACUCAAUGAGAGCUGUAUUUAUGCCAAGGUGACCUAUUUGUUUGACAAUGGAGGGACCGUCUUCUUUGCUAUCUUUAUGGCCAUAUGGGCCACAGUCUUCCUGGAAUUUUGGAAAAGGAGACGUAGUAUACUGACCUAUACUUGGGACCUCACUGAAUGGGAAGAAGAGGAGGAAACACUCCGUCCCCAGUUUGAAGCAAAGUAUUACAAGAUGGAGGUAGUAAACCCCAUCACUGGAAAGCCUGAGCCACAUCAGCCUUCCUCGGACAAAGUAUCUCGUCUUCUGGUUUCCGUCUCAGGAAUAUUCUUCAUGAUUUCUUUGGUGAUCACUGCAGUGUUUGGAGUCGUGGUAUAUCGCCUGGUUGUCAUGGAACAGUUUGCAUCAUUCAAAUGGAAUUUCAUCAAACAACACUGGCAGUUUGCAACAUCUGCUGCUGCUGUCUGUAUCAAUUUCAUAAUCAUUAUGUUGCUGAAUCUCGCUUAUGAAAAAAUUGCUUACCACCUUACUAAUUUAGAAUAUCCACGGACGGAAUCUGAAUGGGAAAACAGCUUUGCCCUGAAGAUGUUCCUCUUCCAGUUUGUCAAUUUAAACAGUUCUAUUUUCUACAUUGCUUUCUUUCUGGGGAGAUUUGUAGGUCACCCAGGAAAGUACAAUAAACUUUUUGAUCGAUGGAGACUGGAGGAAUGUCAUCCUAGCGGCUGUUUGAUAGACCUCUGCCUCCAGAUGGGCGUCAUUAUGUUUUUGAAGCAAAUAUGGAACAACUUCAUGGAAUUGGGAUACCCGUUGAUCCAGAACUGGUGGUCACGACAUAAAAUCAAGCAGGGAAUACAGGAUGCUUCCAUAUCUCAGUGGGAAAAUGAUUGGAAUCUGCAGCCUAUGAAUAUUCAUGGACUAAUGGAUGAGUACUUAGAAAUGGUUUUGCAGUUUGGCUUUACCACCAUCUUUGUGGCAGCUUUUCCUCUGGCCCCUCUUUUGGCUUUGUUAAACAAUAUCAUUGAAAUCAGGCUGGACGCAUACAAAUUUGUCACCCAGUGGCGGAGGCCUCUACCAGCCCGAGCAACUGACAUAGGUAUCUGGCUUGGAAUUCUUGAAGGAAUUGGAAUAUUGGCUGUGAUCACCAAUGCUUUUGUAAUUGCUAUCACAUCUGAUUACAUCCCACGCUUUGUUUAUGAAUACAAAUAUGGGCCCUGUGCAAACCAUAUAAGACAGAAUGAAAAUUGCUUAUUGGGUUAUGUCAACAAUAGCCUCUCCUUCUUUAACCUGAGUGAGCUGGGAAUGGGCAAAUCUGGUUACUGCAGGUACCGAGACUACAGAGGGCCCCCUUGGAGUUCCAAACCCUAUGAGUUUACCUUACAAUACUGGCACAUCCUCGCUGCUCGGUUGGCCUUCAUUAUCGUAUUUGAGCACCUUGUUUUUGGGAUUAAGUCAUUCAUCGCAUACCUGAUUCCAGAUGUACCAAAGGGUCUCUAUGACCGAAUACGGCGGGAGAAAUACUUAGUUCAAGAGAUGAUGUAUGAGGCCGAACUGGAACAUUUGCAACAACAACGGAGGAAAAGUGGUCAGCCUGUUCACCAUGAAUGGCCUUAGUUGAUGCCUGUUACCCAGGAGAGGUGUACCAUUAGUGGAAAGAAAUGAUGACAACUUUAAUUCUAUGCAGGAUCUGGGAGGAAGGCAUACUAGGCAAACCAUAUAUAUAAUAUGCUAUUUGGAAAUGUAUUACAGCCAGCUCUGAGAUUUGGAAUAUCCAACCUUACAAAGGGGUUAGAUUGACAUUUGCAGGAAGCCAGGAUCUAAUUCUCAUACCCAGUCUCAGGGAGUUGUACGUUUGGAGACAUCUGCCUUCCAUCAGCUACAGUGUAAUAGGAUGGAUGAUCAGAAAGUUCCUAGAGGCAGAUUUCCAUGUAAAUGUUCAUAGGCCAAGCAUGACUUCCAGUAUCAUGUGGUCUUCACUCACAUAUUAAUCUUCUUUGGAAACUUUGAGUUGAGAUGUCUAUGAGAAAUGAUGUAAAUCAAUUAUUGCCUUUCUGCCAGAAGCCCGUGUCCCUUAAGUUUACAGGUUGGUAGGAAUUACCCUUGUCUCUUGCUGAAAUUAUGGAACUGUGCCUCCAGGGAAUUAAUGCUGCUUUACACUGACUAUGCAGUUGAAGAGUUGCACAUCACCUUUAGUAGUCAAACCAAAAAUCUAAUAUCCCCAAAAGAAUACCAUUCAUUAAAAUAAUAUUCUAUUGCAUUGGCUAUACUCAAGUCUGUUUUAUCCUCCAGUGAUGGUUGCACUGAACGUUUUUUUUUGGUACUGAAUGCCAGUAAAGCCACAUGCUUACAAACUAUGAAUGGUGAUUCUUACAUCAUUUAGAACACAACCAAUCCAUACUUUGCUGUGGAAGGCUGUUUUAUAGUAUCUUUAAUGUUUCCCUCACUGAUUUAUUAACUUGAAAUUCUGUAAAUAUGUUGGUUUCCCCUGUACUUUUGCACCUUGACAGUGUGUAGUGCAAGUUAUAGUUCAUGCAGCUCCGAGACCACUCACACACUAUGCUAUUGUCGUAUGUUUAUUCGGGAAAAUUGAAGCCAGAUGCUCUGGAAUACUUAUGCUUUUUUAAACCAUAUGCAUUCUUACUCAUGAGCUAAUGAAAAUAAUGCAUGGAUAUAAAUCUAUAUUAUUUGUAAAAAAGAGAAACACCCAUUUAUUUUGUGUUUUACUUUUCUUUUUCAUCACCGAAAGGAGUAUUCUGUUAUCAUCAUUGCUUUCAUAGAUUGGUUUUGUUUAUUUCUGAAAACUCUCUAAAGUCAAAUUAAUUGUGAAGGGCAUCAUUUUGCUUUGUUGUGGAAUUCCUGUUUCAUUGUCAACCCUGUAUCUGUAUGACUGUUCACAGACGGAUAAGGUGGGAAUGAUGAGGCAUUCAACCAGAGAAAGUCCAGAGGAGCUGUAACAUCCUGUGGGGAUGGCAUGAGUGAAAGAGAAUGUUGAUGCAGGAAAUUGUAUGGUAGAAAUCAAAGCACAAGGAAAUCCCAAUUUGCCUCCCCAGAGAAUGGGUGGGGUAUCACACAUGUCCGCACACACUUAUAUAUACACGUAUGAUUAUUAUGAUUGUUAUUAUUCAUCUAAUUACCUUUUGUCCAACUAAGCAAAGCACAGUUAUUUCCAAAAUUUGAGAGACCAAAUUAAACACAAUGGAAAUAAAUCUACUGUGAUACGUGCUAGUGUUUCUCUGAUAAGAAAAUGAUAAAAUUUCUCUUAACUAAAAAACUAUUUUUGUUUAAUUCUAGCACUUAAAAUGUUCUGUUGACUUUUCCUCUUUACCCUCUAGGGAAAAGCUUAUAGAUUAUAAUAGUUGUUUCAUUGUUUGUUUUUGUCAAAAAUGACUCACUUCCUUACUUUUCCCCUGAUUCUUAGCAAGAGGAAGGACCACGGAAGACUCUAACCUUCAGAUUCCAGAGAGGUUGGCUUUCUGUCCCCUGCUGAUUUACAGCAGGCGGUGAAUUCCACUAAGCACACAAAGAGGUUGUAAACUCCUCCACUUUUACAGCAUCUGCGUUUCCUUUUCUUUGUUAAGUAAAUGUAUACACAUGCCAAAAUAUAAAUCAUGCCUAAGGAUGACAAAAACAAACAUCUUUUCCAAAUUAGGAACAUAAGACAGAGACAUUUGUCUUACAGGAGUGCAAAGAAUAGUGAUAGCUGUGUCCUUGAUAAUUAUUUUCCAAAGUUUUUAUUAGCCCUAUCAGGGUUUAAAAUCAUGUUGAUUGGCUAGAGAGAAAAAUAUGAAAAGAGAAGUUUGUUUUAAUUAAAAAUGGUAAUACAUGAGUUUAGACCAUGCCUUCUUCGACCUUUUUGAAACAAGUGAAAAAUAGAAAAACAAACUAUCACCUGAAAUGUUUCCCUUGUGACACCAGGCAGUAGAAUCCAGCUAUGCCUUCAUCAUUGUUGACUUGUACAAUACUAGCAGGGCCUUGCGGUAGGUCAGUUUUAGGUCAUUCUGCUUCAGUUGGGAGAAAUGUUUUAUACCAUGGUUUUUAUAUGAAUACAAAUGAUUUCUCAAAGAUUUAUAGCACACACGAUUCUCAGGAAUUCUGUAUAACAUGAAUGCUGCUUAUCUAUUUUCAUAUUCUAACUUGUCUACUCAAGCAAAGAUGUACACAAUCAAUAUGUAUGUGCAUGCGAUCUGCCUUGACAAGUUGUUCCAAGAUGAAAAGCUUACACAGUGCAAUGUAUGGAAAAUCACACUAGAUCAUCGCUGAAAUAGUUUGUAACUGUCUGAGUCUGUGCACGCACUUCUAAGAUAAAACGCUGCUGAGUGACUGCAUGAUGAGAUACGACUUCUGAAUGCUGCACAUUCUUUCAAAAAUGAGUCUUGGCACGAUUUAUUGUAUAAUGGAAUGAAUAGGAAACUUUUUCACUCAAUAAAUUAUCAUUU